AUGUCUCCAGUCAUCGUCUGCCUCGCCCUGGGCCUGACCCUCAUCUUCGGCGAAGGAUCUGCCUUAUCUGAGUCCCAGGCAGGCCACCUGGCCACAGAGUUUGGUGUGAAGGUGUUUCAGCAGGUGGUCCAGGCCUCUAAGGACCGCAAUGUGGUUUUCUCACCCUAUGGGGUGGCCUCCGUCCUGGCCAUGCUGCAGCUGACCACAGGAGGGGACACGCGGCAGCAGCUCCAGGCAGCGAUGAAAUUCAAAACUGACGACAAGGACGUCGCCUCCACCCUCCGCCACGUGCACAAGGAACUCAUGGCGCCUUGGAACAAGGACAUGGUCAAAACGGUCGAUGCCAUCUUCGUCCAGCGGGACCUGGAGCUGGUUCAGGGCUUCAUGCCUCGCUUCUUCAGGCUGUUCCAUAGCACAGUCAAGCAAGUGAACUUUACUGAAGCAGAGAGAGCGAGAUUCAUCAUCAACGACUACGUGAAGAGACACACGAGAGGUAUGAUCAGUGACUUACUUAGCAAGGGGAUGGUGGACGAGCAGACACGCCUGGUGCUGGUGAAUGCCCUCUACUUUCACGGCCAGUGGCAGAUGCCCUUCCCAACCUCGGCCACCCACCGCCGCCUCUUCCACAAGUCUGAUGGCAGCACUGUCUCUGUGUCCAUGAUGGCUCAGACCAACAAGUUCAACUACACUGAGUUUUUGACCCCUGACGGCCAUUACUAUGACAUCCUGGAACUGCCCUACCACGGACACACUGUCAGCAUGUUCAUCGCCGCUCCAUAUGAAAAAGAGGUGCCUCUCUCGGCCCUCACCAGUAGCCUGGAUGCCCAGCUCAUCAGCCAGUGGAAAGGAAAUAUGACCCGAGUACCCCGCCUCCUAGUUCUGCCCAAAUUCUCCCUGGAGAGUGAAGUUGACCUCAGGAAGCCCUUGGAGAACUUGGGGAUGACCGACAUGUUCAGGUCAGACCGGGCCGACUUCACUGGUCUUUCAGAUCAAGAGCAGCUCUGCGUAUCACAGGCCCUGCAGAAGGCGAAGAUCGAGGUGCAUGAGAGCGGCACAGUGGCGUCCUCAUCCACAGCCUUUGUGGUCUCAGCCAGAAUGGCCCCUGAAGAAAUCAUCAUGGACAGGCCCUUCCUCUUUGUGCUGUAUCACAACCCCACAGGAGUAAUCCUAUUCAUAGGGCAGGUGAUGGAACCCUGA